AUGGACGCCAGGCCUUUCCGUUCUGCCUAUGGCAUGACCAACCGAGGCAAUGAGAAUCUUGCUCCAGCUGCCAAUAAAACACAGAACCCACCGCAAAAGUCUGCCAGCAGCCUUCUGAACUCUAUGCCAACCAUUGGCGGCCCUUCGAAGUUUGGAACCAAAUUCGACCCGUCGAACGAGUUUAUUGUCCGAGCGAAGCCUACAGGUGCCGUUGGCAUGGAUCAAGAGAACAGAAACUAUGGCAAUCCCAAGGAGGCCUUCCUACAGCCUGCCCAGCGACCUCCCAAAUCACUCGUUCCCUCUUCUUCGACGCAACAUCUUAGGCCUUUGAUCGCUGAAGCAAAGCCCAAGUCUUUGUUUCAACCUCAGCCUAUCUCGAAGCAGUACCCAGUGAAGCGAGGCGCUCCCAUUGUUGUCUACAACGACAACCCGCCCCCGAAGGAGAAUCUGAACUGCCAAAAGAGUACUCAGAGUACUCAGAGUAAUGCGAGUCGAGCCUCUACUACGUCCAGGUACAGUGUUCAUCCGCAUAUUGACGAACAGGUUCCCCGCGAGGGCCGCGCGGACGAAGCUUGCACGAACGAGCGCUCCAAGUACUUGGCUCCCUAUAAGCCCAGCCACAAUCUUAAUGGUGGCGCUUCUCGCAGCAAGGCCCCCUCGACUCAUCGAGAUGAUGAUGCCGCGGAUCAGUAUAUCGAUGCUGUCGAGGAGCUUCCACAGGACCCGCUUCCCGCACUCGAGCCCAAGAACAGCAAUCCUUGGGACAUGCCGGAGGGUUGGAGAAGAUUAUACAUUUCCUCAUUCGAACCGCAAGCGGAUGGUCCAGCUUCCACUGAGAACAGCACGAAUCACGCGAAAGACGUGAACAACGAGAGCCAGCUUGUUCUCGCGAACAACCAAAACCACGAGAAUCAACUCGUACUCGCACAAAACGAAAGCCAACUUGUCCUCCCAAGCAAUGAGGAUGCUGUAGUCGACUUGCGAACUACUCCGGCUUCUCCCUUAUCAACUGACAGACGUGUUGAAAUCGACUCCUCCGAGGGAGAGAAUGAUUACGACGAGCAGGGAUACGCCACUGCUCACUCCGGUUUCGACAAUACAACGGGAAUUACUACAAUUAUGGUGCCUCCGCAGCUGACUCUCAGGGGUGCCGCAGAAAUUCAGGCCGCUAGAAUAAUUGUAGAGGACAACCGCCCUCCUGAUGACGAGGAGGAGUGGGAUAUCAGCAUGGUAGCGGAAUAUGGCGAGGACAUAUUCAAAUAUAUGCGGGAAGUUGAGGCUGAACUGGCGCCCAGCGGCAACUAUAUGGACUUUCAGACUGAGAUCAAGUGGUCCAUGCGUUCACUUCUCAUGGACUGGGUCAUUCAGGUCCAUUGCCGCUUCGGCCUUCUUCCCGAGACGCUAUUCCUAGCCGUCAACUACAUCGACCGAUUCCUCUCGGUCAAAAUUGUUUCCAUCAACAAGCUUCAGCUUGUCGGCGCAACCGCUAUCCUGAUCGCCGCGAAAUAUGAAGAGAUUAACUGUCCUUCUGUACAAGAGAUUGUCUAUAUGGUGGAUGGAGGCUACUCGCAAGCGGAAGUCCUCAAGGCAGAGCGAUUCAUGUUGACCAUGCUGAACUUCCAGCUUGGCUGGCCCGGGCCAAUGAGUUUUAUGCGACGCAUUAGCAAGGCGGACGAUUAUGAUAACGAGAUUCGUACCGUGGCCAAGUACUUCCUGGAAGUCACCAUCAUGGAUGAGCGCUUUGUUGCGAGCCCACCGAGUUACAUCGCCGCCGGAGCUCAAUGUCUAGCUCGUAUGAUUUUGGGCAAAGGUACCUGGUCCAUCGAGCAUGUGCACUAUUCCGGUUAUACAUAUACUCAGUUGAAGCCCCUAGUCGCUAUGAUGCUCGACUGUUGUCGAAGUGCUCAUACGCACCACAACGCAGUGUACGACAAGUAUUCUAACAAGGUGUUCCGACGCGCAUCUGUCUAUGUUGAAGAGCGCAUAUUGGAUGGAUUCAGUUUACCGUAUGAACAUCACUUCACCAACCGUCUCCUUGUAGGCCCAGACACGGCGGCCUUGGAAACCCGCACCCUGACGAUGCCCAUUCCUCUUCUAACUUGA